UUUGUGUAAGGGAGGGCAGCAACUAUUCUAUCUGGGAGCGCACGUCAAUAAUACUAGAGGUUUAUUAGUAGUAGUGUGGUAUCCUGUGUUGUCAACAAAAAAGACGGGUUAUUAUUUCCUGGCUACGAAAUAUAGCCCAUAAAACCGAGUAUCUGAAACUGGUGCUGUCUGGCUUAUCGCUUGUUAGCCAUGUCAACUGGAAGGGUACGAACUAAGAAAAAAUCAUCAGCCACAGUAUAUGAUUCAGCUCCAACUACAUCUAUUGAAAGUCCUCCUGUAAGAACCUCUGUAAGACAGGUAAAAAGAAAAACAGAAACUGAAGAUGAGGAGGACCCAUCAGAGAAGAAAUACAAGAAGUGUGAAAAAGCUGGUUGCAGUGCACCUUGUCCAGUCUGCUUUGCCAGUGCUGCAGAAAGAUGUGCCAGAAAUGGAUAUACAUCAAGAUGGUACCAUUUAUCCUGUGGUGAACAUUUCUGCAAUGAAUGUUUUGAUCAUUAUUACCGGAGCCAUAAGGAUGGUUAUGAAAAGUAUGCUAAGUGGAAAAGAAUUUGGACCGGCAAUGGCAAAAGUGAACCCAGUCUUAAAGCAUUCAUGGCUGACCAACAGCUUCCUUACUGGGUGCAGUGCACAAAACCAGAAUGUGGCAAAUGGCGUCAGUUAACCAAAGAAUUUCAGCUUACUUCAGGUUUUGCAGCAUCAUACCGUUGCGGGAUGAAACUAAAUAACAUUGUAAAGACUGAAGGACCUGACCAGUGCUCUUUACCAGAAGAUAUGAGAGUUGCAGAAGUUUCAGACCACUGGUGGCACUCAAUGCUUAUCAUCCCUCCAUUACUUAAAGAUAGCCCAGCAGCCCCAUUACUAUCUGCUUAUUACCCUGAUUGUGUAGGCAUGAGUCCAUCCUGUACCAGUACACGUCGUUUACCUCCUUCAUCCAACAGCAUGAAGAUGCAGAACAGUAAAAGUCCUCCUAAUGUUACUGUUUCAUGGAUGUGCCAGUACUUCCAGCCUUUUUAUCAGCCUAAUGAAUGUGGGAAAGCUCUUUGUGUAAGACCAGAUGUGAUGGAACUUGAUGAGCUGUAUGAAUUUCCAGAAUAUUCAAGAGACCCAACUAUGUAUCUAGCUCUAAGAAAUCUGAUACUUGCACUCUGGCAUACUGACUGUAAGAAGGUGCUUACCCCUAAGAAGUGUGCCCAACAUAUAAUUGUUCGAGGCCUAGUUCGAAUUCGGUGUGUUCAGGAGAUGGAGAGGAUACUGUAUUUCAUGACAAGAAAAGGGCUGGUCAACACGGGGGUCCUUUGCAUUGACCCUGAUGGACCACUUCUUCCAAAAGAUCAUAAAAAAUCUGUUGUCGUCGUGGGCAGUGGUCCAGCAGGAUUAGCAGCAGCACGGCAACUCCACAACUUUGGAAUGAAGGUGAUGGUACUGGAAGCUAGAGACCGAAUUGGUGGACGUGUAUGGGAUGACAAGGCUCUAGGAGUAACAGUGGGAAAAGGAGCUCAGAUUGUUAAUGGCUGCAUCAACAACCCUAUAUCACUUAUGUGUGAGCAACUUGGUAUAAAAAUGCAUAAAUUAGGUGAAAAGUGUGAUCUGAUUCAGGAAGGUGGAAGGAUAACUGACCCAGUAGUAGACAAACGAAUGGACUUUCACUUCAAUGCAAUCCUAGAUGUUGUAGCUGAAUGGCGAAAGAACAAAACACAGCUUCAGGAUGUUCCUUUAGGAGAAAAGAUUGAGGAAAUAUAUAAAGCAUUUAUUCAAGAAUCUGGCAUCCAGUUUAGUGAACUGGAAGAAAAGGUCCUGCAAUUUCACAUCAGUAAUCUUGAGUAUGCAUGUGGUAGCAAUCUAAAACAGGUGUCCUCACUUUAUUGGGACCAUAAUGAGUUUUUUGCUCAGUUUGCUGGAGAUCACACAUUACUAACCGCAGGGUAUUCCACUUUAAUUACCAAACUUGCUGAAGGGCUGGAUAUUCGAUUAAAUAUGCCGGUUCAGAGUAUUGAUUAUUCUGGGGAAGAGAUUGAGACUGUUACAGCUAAUGGAGCUCUAUUUAGAUCGCAGAAGGUUUUAAUUUCUGUUCCUUUAGCGCUGCUUCAGAAAGGUUACAUUCAAUUCAUUCCACAGCUGCCAGAGAAGAAACUGAAGGCAAUUAACAGUUUAGGAGCAGGAAUCAUUGAAAAGAUAGCCUUAAAGUUUCCAUAUCGAUUCUGGGAUAAUAAAAUUCAAGGAGCGGAUUUCUUUGGGCACAUUCCACCUAACUGUGAGAAGCGUGGCUUAUUUGGUGUAUUUUAUGAUAUGGAUCCACAGGGUAACCAAUCUGUUUUGAUGUCUGUGAUUACGGGAGAUUCUGCAACUUUAAUUAGAGAGAUGGACGACAAGCAGGUAGCAGACGAGUGCAUGAUUGUUCUUCGAGAACUUUUCAAGGAGCAGGAAGUUCCUGAUCCAUUGAUGUAUUUUGUAACACGAUGGAGUAAAGACUUGUGGUCACAGAUGGCUUAUAGCUUUGUAAAGACUGGAGGAAGUGGAGAAGCAUAUGAUGUUCUAGCAGAAGAUGUACAUGGAAAAGUCUUUUUCGCUGGUGAGGCGACAAAUAGACACUUUCCACAGACAGUAACAGGAGCAUAUCUGAGUGGUGUAAGAGAAGCAAGCAAAAUUGUAGCAUUCUAGAAAAUAAUGCUAGUUUUCCAGCCGAUGCCAUCAUCAUGUUUUUUGAGUCUUUUCUACAAAAGCAAUUACAGAGCACUUGGAACAUGUAACAGACUUUAAUGAAACCAGGCCCUUUUGUUUGUUCCUGAACCAGCAAAUGAUCAUGUGCAAAUAAGGACUGUUUUUUCUACUAAGCAUUAUUGACUUACUUAUUUUGUUGGUCACUUUCCAUUGCAUUUUGUCAUGUUCUUAGCACUUUCUCCCCCUAUAGCACUGAGUGGAAAGAGGCUGAACUGAAUCAUUGUUGUAAAGUCUGUCCAAGGGGCUUUCAUCAUUGACAGAAAUGACUGCUAUGCAUACUGCAUCUGAGUUCUGUCACUUGCCCUUCAGACUUCUACUUCUUAUUUUAGUAUUUUCUGUCCUCAUUAAGUGAGCCUUUCUGACUGCAGCACUUGGAUAGUAAGCCAGUGAGUCAUCAUGUAAUCUGUAGCUUAGCAAGGUCUGCCAUAAUGAUUUAAUCAGUAGUGUAUGUAACAGUAAUGUGAAAUUAAAGCUACUGGAAUCUUAAUGAAGGUGUCUACCCAUUAGAGCUUAGGUUAAUUUAAGUUUUACUGAGACUUAUUUUCAGACUGAUAAAAAUGAAGGAAACCGUGCAAAAAACACUACUGAUUCUUGAAUGUGAUUGGUCCAUAUGGUCAGGACUGCAAUAGUAAAUAAAAAUAAUGUGAGCAGCCCAUCCCAGUUUUGCAACAGUGUCAUGUGCUAACCGUUUUAUGCGCGAGUUAAAUAUUUUCUACAGUGUCUGCUAUUGCAAGCACUUCCUAAACCACCAGUAGUUUUUGACAGUAGAGAUCUCUGUGUCACCAUGGUGUAUAGCCGUUUGAGGUUACUCUGAUGUAGCUUUGGUACACAGGCACAUGAGGUGUGAUAUACUUUAGCUGAGCAGAUUGCAUAAGUAUUGUUGGGUUGUUUUAGGAAAUAAUGACUUGCACCCUUGCAGGUUGAAAAGCUGAUCUGCUUGGUUAAAUUUUGUACUUUUCAUUGCUACUAGAUGCAAUAAAAAGAAAAACAUCAGAAUCAAAGCACUUAUCCCUGCUAACUUGGUCUUACAAUCAGAUGGGACACAGAUAAAUAUAUGAUUGACUAGCUCUCUUAUGAGUAGUUAUCUUAAAACAAACCACUCAUACCUUUUGUGACUAAUUACAGACAUGCAUUAACACUCAACUAACUAUAAAGUUACACACUUUUGCUAUUUCAUACUCUUGAAUAAAAUGUUUUUUGAGUACAUGAGGGGUGGGGUUCGUCUUUCAAAUCGCUGUACUGACAUGGAGAUUCCUAAUAAUUUUAAAAGUACCUUAACAAUGACAGAGUAAUUUAGGCAAAAUUCUUCCUAUGGUGGGAAACAUACAGGAUGCAAAGACAGAAAAUGGCACAUGCAUACUGCUGUUCUUGGGGUAGCUCUUCAUUAAAGAGAAAGGCACUUUUAAGUAUCAUAUUCAGGUAUUGUUAACUCUUGUAGUCCUAUGAAUAACUGGAUUUGCUAUCCAUGAUUGAAAUCAGAUUAGUUUGAUUGUGUAAGAAAAUAAAUAUUUUAUUUUUACCAUGCAUUCAUCUAUAUGGUUAGUUAGAUUCUUGUAUGGUAUAACAUAGGUUCAAUGUUAGAUCUGGCAGUGCCAGAUACAGAGCUUUUCCUAACACUUAUAGUACUUGAGGGCAUUCUGAAACGUAUACAGGCUGCCUAACUGGUUUCUGAGUUUUAAAAUUUAAAUUUGGAAUACCAAAUAAAGAAUAUUUUUGUGUAUUUGCAAUAUUACUUAGUUGCCAUGUUAUCUUUCAUAUUGUUCAAUGUGCAAUGUUAAAUACUACUCUUUAAAGGAUUUGAAAAAAAACUGCAAUUUGUAACACUGCACUUUUGAGUUUUUCUUAAACCCGUUUUAUAUCAAUAUUAUGGCAAAAUCUCUUAACUACGUGAUGUUUAAAUAUUUUGGUAAAGAUUUUCUUUACACGAUUUUAGUGUAAAUAGCUCGUAUAUGCCAUACUAGGAAUACAAUCUUGUUUGACAGUUUUUCUUCUUGUACAUAAUUUGAAGGUUGUUUUCUUUAAAUAAAGUAUCAUGUUUUUA